CUCGAUUGCACUCGGUCGAUAAGGGAGGCGAGGCGAACAGGUGACGACAUCGUUGUCAUACUCUCGUGAUUUCAUAACACGCCAUUUUCUUUGUGCGAAACGCUGGAGCGUGGAGGUGUUUUCACAGGCCGUGUUCCCUGACGAGUGCCCCAGCGAAGAAUGGCGUCCCGCAAGAAAGUGUUGCUGAAAGUCAUUAUCCUCGGGGAUUCGGGAGUCGGAAAAACUUCUCUGAUGAAUCAGUACGUCAAUAAGAAGUUUAGUAACCAAUACAAAGCGACAAUAGGGGCAGACUUUUUGACCAAGGAAGUGAUGGUGGAGGAUAGAAUAGUCACUAUGCAGAUUUGGGACACCGCUGGACAGGAGAGGUUUCAGUCGUUAGGAGUGGCUUUCUACAGAGGCGCGGACUGCUGCGUCCUGGUAUUCGACGUCUCCGCUCCAACUAGCUUCAAAUCCCUGGAUUCAUGGAGAGACGAAUUUCUAAUUCAGGCAUCGCCCCGAGAUCCAGACAACUUUCCGUUCGUCGUGCUCGGGAACAAAGUAGAUCUUGAAUCAAGAGCGGUCUCGAGCAAGAGAGCACAACAGUGGUGUCAAUCAAAGAACAAUAUUCCAUAUUUCGAAACUAGUGCAAAAGAGGCUAUUAAUGUCGAGCAAGCUUUCCAAACGAUAGCUAAAAACGCUUUAGCUCAAGAAAGUGAAGUCGAACUUUACAAUGAAUUCCCGGAUCAAAUCAAAUUGACCAACGACCAAAGAAGCAACGGUAGAGGUGAUUCAUGUGCUUGCUAGGUCUUGGAACAGUGGUAAUAUCUCGAAUGACUAAUAAAGAAUGCACAGGUCAGAUACACUCGCGUCGCCUGCGCAAAAAGGACGCGGAAAAUAUAUUGCGAUGGGCUUUAUGUGUGCAGGAAGUCACGAAAUUUCUUUCUUUAUCUCGAUGUGUUAUUAUACAAUCUUCCUCUGUGUCCGUAAAAACAAAAAGGAACGUCUCAAUAAUGUCGGAAUAGUUUUGUUGAAACGCAUUAGUGCACGGUAAAAAAAAAGAAAAUUAACAAGUUAAAUCCAUACGUAAAGGAAUGUGUACAAACUAUCUCGAUAUACAUACGUAUGAUAUAUAUAUAUUAUAUAUAAUUGUUUUUAUAAACAUGCGUGGGAGUAAGAUACAUUUAUCCGACUUCCUGACCUGGAAUAUCGCAAUUUUGAAUUAUGUACUCCCGCUGAACUUGACUUGUCAUAUAUAGAUCCUCUAUCUCUAUUCUUUAAGUCAAGGAUUCGCAUCUCGUUUUUUAAGUAUUGUAAUAUGCUCUCUUAUCGGGUAUGGCGAAACAUAUGAACUAUCUCUUUACCCCCCUUUUUUUUCUUUUUAUCUCAAGUUUUGCUAGUUUGUUGUCGAUUAAUUUUCACCGAAACAAUAAUAGCUCGGGGUUUCCAAACGUAUGUAGGAGUCGUUGUUGCACCAGAGAGGAUAAUAUAUGGGUCGGGAACACAGUUAGCGGUACACUGUUAGUAAAUUAUAAUAAAAGAAUUUGCUCAUAAUUUGUUAAGUACAAUUGCAUUUACAGAGGAGCUCUAGUGCAUAUAGCUUAUUAUACUUAGACAGAACCGAAUAUUUGCUGUCAGUAAAACUGGUUCGUAUGAAAUAGAACGAAAAAUAAGAUAAAGUUACAAUAAAGUUACUAAGAUACUUUGUAGUAUGUCUCGUAAGAUGUUUUAACGAGUCUGAAAUUCACGCGAAUGGCAUGGUGUAAUAAUAAAAACCUCCUCAAACCUUUGUUUUCUCUUCGGAAAAGUUCUCAAUUGUUAUACAAUAUAUAUAUAUACAUUGAAAUAGAUUAUAUAUAUAUAUAUUGAAAUAGAAAAUUAUAUUAUAAAGAGGUUUUUGGCUUGUUGCGCACGUAUUAUGAUGCUAAACAUGUUAUUUUGUUUAUAUAAAUAAUUAUUUUAAACUUAGGGAUGUUUGUAUGGUCAUCUCGAUUUAGGAAGAAAAAGAAGAGAAUUCGUUGCAGACAUGACUUAGUAAAAAAAAAUUUCCUUUCGCUGGAUAUAUUGUCUGUAGUACGUUUUGCCAAAGAGAUACUUUUCAAGUUAUCAAGCGUUUCGGCAAACUCCCGAAUUCCACCUCUGAAACGAGAUUCCUCUUCUUGUACCGCGAUGCACAUCGAUUUUUAAGAUUUUUUACUGUACAUAAGACAGUAGGAUCCCAGUGCGCGGUAAGUUAAUCGUCAAUUGUAUGGUCUAUCGAACAGUUCUGCGCAGACUAUAUUUUGUAAAUAAGACAGCAUAUAUAAUCCACUUAGGAAAAUUUAAUGUUAUAAAAAUGAAUCUUUAUAUCCUGAUAGCCAUAUCAAUAAGUAUGCGCUUGUAAUAUUUUAAUUCUACUUUAUAGUCCUUAUUAGAGCAGUAAUUAAACCUAACGGCGUGUGAUAUUUAUUUCGAUGGGGGGAGCGAGCUUUUACAUAGUUGGUGCGAGACACGAGGAAUAUUCACAUCAAUGCUGUAUUUCAGAUUUUUGUAGUAAAAAAAAGAAAAAAAAAGAAAUGAUUGUGCGCCCAAUUGAGAUGUGUUUAAAUGUUUUAAAAUUUCGAUUUCCUAGGAAGAUAGAGCAAGGUAAGCAUGCUUUUCCGCAGUAGCAAUGUAGCACGGUAGUAUUAUGCAUCGCGGUACCGGUAAUUGCCACUCAAGUCGCAAAUCGUUCUGUUAAUUCUCGGUUGUUUGCCAGUCUCUGGAUUAUAAUUAGAUUUGACGAAACACUACGUCAGGCGCUUCUAAUACACGAUUCCUCCCUUCCAACUUGUGUUAGCUUAACGAUUGUACGGCCAUCGGCGGGCACAUAAAAUUACUUUCCGUGCGGGCAAAAUCUCUAAUGACUGACGUCUAAACUGAUUCACUUCACCAAGGAACAAUCGAACUCGUUUAUUAAUACCUACUGUGUAUUUCUGGGCCACCCUGUGUGUAUAUAUAACAUCCUAAUGAAAUAAAAAUGUAGCAUGUGAAAUAUAUGCAUACGCAAGGUGUCCCAAAAAUCGUGCGCACUUACAUUACUUGCCGAAAAACGAUGAUUAGGCUAUAUCGAUAGCCUUGCUGAACGAUUAACACUUUAAAGGGCUCCUGAAGGGACUCAAGAGUUCUAGAUCUGCAUAUAAAUAAUAAAAAUCCAACAGACUUCUAAUGUUUAAGGCGCAGCUGUUUGAUAUGUGUGAAGUGUAAUAGAUGUAAAAGGCGAAGUCCAAUCGAGCUUUCAUUACGGAACAGUUGAUUUUAAAUUUGUCGAAGAAUCAACAGAGAAGGUGCGCGAUUUCUGAGACGCUCUGUAUAUAUGACAGUGCGAAGUAUUCGCGCUGUCAAGUGUGCUUUCAUGGGUCUACGCAUAUAUACGUAUGCACGUGUAUAUAAGUGAAGAUAAUCAUGACCACGGCGAUUAUAAUUAAUGAUAUGUAUAAUUCUAUCGAAGUAUGUUAAUGAUAAAUACAAUUAUAAAUAA